AUGGCAGCUUCAAAAACAUUCUUAGCAUGUGACCCUUCAGAUGAUGACUACAUUGACAUGGAAGUUAGUUCAUAUUCCAACUUCUUCAAUCAUCAUUCUGAAAAAUCUAGAGAAUUCGAGUUCCAAAUGUCCUCCAUUGUUCAAGAGAAGGAACCGUCAACUUCUCCGGCCGACGAGCUUUUCUACAAAGGAAAACUCCUCCCUCUUCACCUUCCGCCUCGGUUACAAAUGGUCGAAAAGCUUCUUCAAAACCCUCACAAAACUUUUGAAGAAGAAAAAUACAUCUUUGAAGAGUUCUACAGCACUCCAUUAGCAACUACUGCUUUCACAACACCGGUUACCGGUACACCAUUUGAAUCGUGCAAUAUCUCACCGUCUGAUUCAUGUCAAGUUAGCCGAGAACUAAACGCUGAAGAGUAUCAUAACCUCGACUACGAACCGAUGGAUACAAGUGGAUUCGUUAUCGAAAACCAGAAGAAGUCAUGGACUAAGAAACUGAAACAGUCUUCUUUAGGUUCAAAGUUGAAGGCUUCAAGAGCUUAUCUUAAGUCUUUGUUUGGAAAGUCUGGUUGUUCAUAUGAAAACUAUGUAACUUCAUCAACAAAAGUUGCUGAUGAAGGUUCCGUUUCGAAAGCGAGGGAAAAUUUAAAGAAAGAUCCAUACGGACAAAUUCAAAGACAUAGAUAUCAUCAGUCUUCGAUUUCGGUUAUGAGGGAAUUCAAAGAAAAGAGCAGUGAGGAUGGAAGUAAUCAUCACAGAAGGUCAUUUUCUGUUGGAAUCAAGCUUCUUUCUGGAAAUAAAUCGUCGUCGAGUUCGUCGUCAUUUUCAGUUUCAAAGAAAUCUUAUGGAUGUCAUCAAACUCAUCAGCUUCUGAAAAGAUGCAGCAGUACAAGUUCUGAGAUAGAGAAUUCAAUCCAAGGAGCAAUUGCAUACUGCAAAAAGUCACAGCAAAUGUUAUCUUGA